GUUAUUGUGUUCCGAAAAUAAAUAAGCAAAUAGCAGCUGCCAUUUUAAGUAAAGUGACAAAAACCCUGUUCACACCUUGAAAUCGAUUUACGUCACAAAAAUAAAUGAAAGCGUUUCGAAGGGAGCAUUCAACACAACACAAAGUAAAUAGAAAAACAUCCGUUACAUCCAGCUUCCAACAUUCGCACUAUUAUCUCGCGAGAACCAAUCCAAAAUGGAGAAUACAGUGGUGCUCCCCUAUUGGUCCGCUCGCAUCAAGCCUGCCUCCUCUUCCACAAAGCUCCGCCUACCACAAACAAAAAACUUUCCAGAAUAACGACCAACCUUCCUGUGAGUGCACAUGUCCAGUCACAUCCCUAGUCCAAAACAAAAACCACUCAAUGAAAAGCAGGUAGAACGAGCUUCAAAUACUAUUUCAAUGACACAAAAAACGUAUUAAACUCUUAUCGUAGAUUUCGUUACGCCAAUAUUGAUAUUGAUUAGUCCAUCUCGCUUAAUCUGUACAAUUUUGACGGUGUUAGACAAGGACGGGGUAAGUCAGUUUUAGUGUGGUUAAGAAAAAAUAUGUGUUCACGUUCAGUGUUCGUCGGUACACCUGGCGUGCGGGCGCGCGGUCGAUAGCGCACGGCGCGGCACUAGCCCGUUUUAAAAUUCGAACGCACCGAAUUUCGGGACGCCAAUCGCUGGCGCGAAUACUGUCUCACCCGUCGACGUAGUGAUGUGUGUGUAAAUAUCGACAUCGAUAGCGGUGAUCGUGACAAACAUGAUGACUAUGGACAUCGGGAUGUACAACAACCAGCAGAAUUAUGGCAGCGCCGAGUUUUACCAGCAGGGGGCAGCGUAUCAGCCGCCGUACGAGGGGUAUCAUGAGGGGUACUAUGAACCUCCGACUCACUACUACGAGCCGUUACUGCACUCGCAGCCGGGACAUGAGCCCCCACCACCUGUCAUCAGUACCGAUACAGGUCUAUGCUACACAAACCUAGACUACGGCGAACUGCAACAGAAUUACCAGUUGCAUCCAAUUCAGCAUCACCCGGAGCCAUUCAAACAUAGAGAAGAAGUUCGCCACGAGGACAUGCACCUUCACGAGCAUAAAAUAGACAACCAUUACUUAGAGACAAAGUAUAACAUGCACUUCGUUGACGAAGGAUCGAUGGCGUUCAAUCCAGCUUCUCCAAUGGCUUGCGGGGAAUUCGAUUACCAGCCAAAGGACGAGUUCAGCGGGUUGCGGGAGUUCCGUGAAGAUUGCGGGGGCCCGCACCUCCCACCCACGGGGCUGCAGCAUCCGCCGACGCACUCCGCCGUGCCAACCUACAAAUGGAUGCAAGUCAAGAGGAACGUUCCUAAACCUUCAGCUCCAAAGCUGAUGAUUCCCCCGGCGGAGUUCGUCGCCCAGGGCGUCAUGGGCAGCCCGCAAGAUGGCAUGCGCACCCCCACCGGCAGCCAGAUGCUACCCAACUCCCUGCUCAACCUCAACAACACCGGCCGCACCAACUUUACCAAUAAACAACUCACAGAACUAGAAAAAGAAUUCCACUUCAAUAAGUACCUCACUAGAGCGAGGAGAAUAGAGAUAGCCUCCGCUUUGCAACUGAACGAGACCCAAGUCAAAAUAUGGUUCCAGAAUAGACGCAUGAAACAAAAGAAGAGAAUCAAGGAAGGGCUAAUCGUGGCCCCCGAUGUCCAAGCAGCAGUUUCGUCUGAUGUUGUUGGCUCCAGUGAGAACAGUCGAGAAUCAAGUUAAAACGUGAACUUGAGAGACCAUUAAUAGUUUUGUUAGUGUUGAAGUGAAGAAAUUUUAUCUAUUUAAGACUUUGUACAGAGCUUCCUUGUAUUUAAUUGUAGGUUGUGUAAAAUACAAAUGUUCCUUUGCCACGCUCAUCAAUAUUUUAGAAACAAAUAUCUUUAACCUUCAUUCAG